AUUGUGGCCAAAGAUGAGCGGAAAUGGGACUCUGGGAAACAUCAAGGCCGUCCUCUUUGACAUGGACGGCUUGCUCAUCGACAGCGAAGGGGUCUACACCGUCGUCGUCAACGAAAUCUUGGCGCCGUAUGGCAAGGAGCAGACGUGGGCCAUCAAGUCCAAGCUCAUGGGCACGCCAGAAAGGAAAGCGACAGAGAUCCUCCUGUCCUCUCUCUGGCCACCGGCCGAGGGCGAGCCGGGGCCGUUCUCUCACGACUGUCCCUUCACCAUCGAUUCGUUCCUGUCACAUCGCAACAUGAAUCUGGACGAUUACUUCAGCAAGGUCAAGCCGAUGCCCGGUGCGGAGAAGGUCGUCAAGCACCUCGCAGACUGUGGCGUGCCGAUCUGUGUCGCAACGGGAAGCAAGCGGCGUAAUUUCGACAUCAAAUCCGGCGCAAACCCGUCUCUAUUCGCGCCUUUCGGGACAAGAGUAGUCUGUGGCGAUGACGAGCGGAUUAAGCGGGGGAAGCCCAACCCGGACAUCUUUCUCCUGGCUGCACGAGAAGGUCUGCAAAGUGAUGUGUUCAAGACAGGCAUCCGCGAGCUCGGCGAGGAGCAUGAUGGCGAGCUUGCGGGCAGAGAAGGUGAGAUUCUCGUCUUUGAAGACGCCAAGCCAGGCGUCCAGGCAGCAAAGAGAGCCGGCAUGAACGUCGUAUGGGUGCCCGACCCGAACCUCAAGGCGUUGCUUCAGGAGAGCGAUGAAGACAUUGGCGCGACGCAGACAAUCGACUCCCUCCUCGACUGGAAGCCGGAGCAGUGGGGUCUCCCACCGUACAAAUAGACGAGAGCAACUGCAAUUGCAAUCUAGCAGUGAUCAGGAGCACGCGGAGGACUGAGACCAUUGCAAACAUCCCGAUCUAUUCACACCGGACAAUGUGGCGCACGUCUUUGUCAAUGAAUGUCGUGUAUGCUAAUAAGUGACUGAAGCUACUCUUCCCUUCUCUAAUGCUACAUUUCUACUCGAAGGUCAU